AUGCAGCUGCUCCUGCUCUGCUGGAUCUUUCUUCUGUUCCCUGGGGCUGGGGCAGAGGAAAUCAUCGGGGGCCACACAGCCCGGCCUCACUCCCGGCCCUACAUGGCAUUUAUCCAGUUCCUGAUUGAAAAAGACAGGAAGAGGUGCGGCGGCGUGCUUGUGCGGAAGGAUUUUGUGCUAACAGCUGCUCACUGCAAGGGAAGCUCUAUGAAUGUGAUCCUGGGAGCCCACGAUAUCAAUAAAAAGGAGAGGGACCAGCAGAAGAUCCUUGUGAGCAGAGCCAUCCCCCACCCCGACUAUUAUUCCAGCAAUUUCACCAAUGACAUCAUGUUGCUAAAGUUGAAGAAAAAGGCCAGUAUAACUAAGUCGGUGAAGCCCCUCAUCCUGCCUGGGCUCAAGAGCAGAGUACGGCCAGGCCAGGUGUGCAGUACCGCAGGCUGGGGAAGGGUGGCGCCAGGGAGCAAGUUUUCUGAACAGCUGCAGGAGGUGCAGCUGAAAGUGCAAGCAGAAAAGGAGUGUGAAUUGCUCUUCAGCACCUACUACAACAGAUCCACCCAGAUCUGUAUGGGGGAACCCCGCCAGAGGAAGAACGGAUUCCAGGGGGACUCUGGGGGGCCCCUCGUGUGUCUCAACGAGAUCCAAGGUAUCUUCUCCUACACAAGAAAGAAUGGGAUGCCUCCAGGAGUCUUUACCAAGGUCCUGUCCUUCCUGCCCUGGAUAAAGAGAACCAUGAAGCAGACAAUGCUGGGCGACUGA